UUAACUGUGAGGAGGGACAAAACACUCACAACACCACAGCUGAUGAAAGACAGCAGCCCAGCUCAAAUUCAGCACAACGCCAACAUGCUUCAUCUCCACACCUGAGAGAAGAAAUAAAAACACCUGAAAGAAGAGCAGGAGUAUUUGGGAAGUGAUUUGGAAAAUGGUGACCCUGAAACACUUGAGUGUUAAUGAUAAUGAUGAAGACGGUGUUCCUCUUUUACCGGAAGCCAGCAGCUUGGAGAGUCCAACCGCACAACACAGCAGGGCAGAGUCCAGAGAUUUCUUCCUCAACCGGAGGAAUAACUUCAUUGUAAGCAUCGUUCUGCUGUUGAGUCUUUACUCUGCUCUUCUGGUUCCUGCAUAUCUGCCAACAGCAGAGCCCAUCUGGACUAAUGAGAGCUCUGCUGAAAACCUGUCUCUGCUGAAUCAGUCCGCGUCUCUGCUGUCUCAGUCGUGUACCAGCGGCUGGAGUGUAGAGAGGAUGAGGACUAUGUUGUCCACUCCGGACGGUCUGCUGAAGAUCCCUGUGUUCCUGGAGAACAGCACCGGAGACUGGGCUCUGCCUCCUCCGCUGGGCCUGCAGGGCUGUGAGGAAAUGGCGGAGCAGGCCCUGAAAGCUCUGCCAUUUACUGCUGUGCCAACUGGACCAGAGACCUGCAGGAGAUGUGUAGUGGUCGGAAGCGGCGGCAUUUUACAUGGAAAAAAUCUUGGAGCUCAUAUAGACCAGUACAACAUUAUCAUCAGAGUGAAUAAUGCUCCAGUGUUUGGAUUUGAGAGCGACGCUGGCUCUAAAACUACAAUUCGCCUCAUUUAUCCAGAAGGAGCUCCUUCCCAGACACAUGAAUAUGAGAGCACUGAAGUCGUGGCUUUGGUUGUGUUCAAGAGCUUAGAUUUGGCAUGGAUGACCUCAGUAGUAACCAAAGAGCCCUUGAGCUGGUGGUCUAAACUGUGGUUCUGGAAGGAUGUAAUAGACUCAAUACCUCUACAGCCAGAAAAUGUUCGCAUCCUAAAUCCCGAAAUCAUGUACAGGACUGGACAGGUGCUGCAGACCUACGCAGAACAGCAGAGAAAGAUGGUGCCGACUUUGGGUAUAACCGCAGUGGUUGUGGCCCUGCAGGUGUGUGAUGAGGUGAGCAUAGCUGGAUUCGGAUACGACCUGCAGCACCCUGGAGCUCCGCUGCAUUAUUACGGCUCUCUCCGCAUGGAUGCCAUGAAGACGCAGGUGGUUCAUGAUGUUAGUGCCGAAACUGUCUUUCUGAAAGAGCUGGUCAAAGCUGGAGCGGUGCGAGACCUCACGGGGGCACUGUGAGAGACGACUGCAGACACUCCACAACAGCUGAAAGAAGAAAUAAAGAAAAUUAAAAACAACAGAAAACAUAA